AGCCAGUUUACAAACAAACUUGAAGGAAUGUUCAAGGAUAUUGAAUUAUCAAAGGAGAUAAAUGAAUCAUUCAAGCAGUCAUCCCAGGCCAGGACAAAACUUCCAUCAGGAAUUGAGAUGAGUGUACAUGUCUUAACAACAGGGUAUUGGCCCACAUAUCCACCUAUGGAUGUUAGGCUUCCGCAUGAACUGAAUGUUUAUCAGGACAUAUUUAAGGAGUUCUACUUAAGCAAGCACAGUGGGAGACGGCUAAUGUGGCAAAAUUCUUUAGGUCACUGUGUGUUGAAAGCAGACUUCCCCAAAGGUAAAAAGGAGCUGGCAGUUUCCCUGUUUCAGACUGUUGUUUUGAUGUUGUUCAACGAUGCUGAAAAGCUUAGCUUUCAAGACAUCAAAGACUCCACCAGCAUAGAGGAUAAGGAACUCAGGAGGACUUUGCAGUCACUGGCAUGUGGAAAAGUGCGAGUCCUGCAGAAGUUGCCCAAGGGGAGAGAUGUGGAGGAUGAUGAUUCAUUCAUUUUCAAUGACGGAUUUGCUGCUCCUCUAUAUCGAAUUAAGGUGAAUGCAAUCCAAAUGAAAGAAACAGUUGAGGAGAACACAAGCACCACUGAAAGAGUAUUUCAAGACCGUCAAUAUCAGGUUGAUGCUGCCAUUGUUCGAAUAAUGAAAACAAGGAAAGUCUUGAGUCACACUCUUCUAAUAACCGAGCUCUUCCAACAGCUCAAGUUUCCCAUAAAACCGGCUGAUCUGAAGAAAAGGAUUGAGAGCCUGAUUGACAGGGAGUACCUGGAGAGGGAUAGGAACAACCCUCAGAUAUACAAUUACUUGGCAUAAUCAAUUUUUUCCUUGUUUUUUCACACUAGAUCUCUCCCAAGAGGGCACGGGAAAGACUAAUCUUUUUAAUGGAGGCAGGAUGUUGAAAUCUAUUUUCAGAUGAAUGUACAGUAGCGUGUAAGUUUGCUUCAAUCAACAUUGUAAUUACAAGUUGCUUUUAGUUUAGCCUCUGUUUUUGAUACCCAUUUUAUUGUUAUGAAUUUGAGUAACUUGAAAUAAGUAUACUCCCAUAUUCUUAUGGAGUGUUAUUUUUA